GUGUCAGCACGCAGACUGUGUGUGGUACAGCGCAGAGGAGGAACUGGUGCCCAGCAGCAGGCUGGAGGUGUGUUCCACAACGGCCGACAUUUUUUUCAAACAAAAUAGUAAUAAUUAAAAAAAGAAAAACUGUCAAUUUACAACCUCUGGACCCGCGCAACUGGAUACAACACAAGACGUCUUUGAAGUUGUCCGAGGGUCAACGGCUCCUCCGAACCGAGGUUUUUUUUUUUCAGCGUCUGACCGGACGAGGCGACGCUCUCCGCCUCGGAGUCACCGCGCUUUCAAAAGGGACUAUCCAGAAAAAAAGUGCGAGGAGAAACCGUGUCGAAGAAAAAAACCCCGCUUUUCUGCGUUUGUCCGACUACGCAAACCAAGGCUAAGGAGCCGCGUGCGCGUGGAUACGUUUGAACCUGUGCAGAGGAAGCGGAGACACGGUGGAGACAAAGUUGGGAACGCAGGAGCUGAUCCAUCCAGUGGUCGGUCGGAGCGUGAGACGAGGACGGGCUUUGUCCGCCGCCAUCCUGCGCAUAUUGGGGAGGGGGUGGCGGUGAUUUACCGCACCUUGACUGGGUCUACCGACAGAGAGACACAGGGAGGGGGGGCGGGAGAAAGAAAACACAUCGAUUCCCCCGUGUGAAAGACGAGACAUGUAUCCACAAGGCCGGCAUCCGGCACCUCACCAGCCAGGGCAGCCUGGCUUCAAGUUUACAGUGGCAGAGUCUUGUGAUCGGAUCAAAGACGAAUUUCAGUUCCUGCAGGCCCAGUACCACAGUCUCAAAGUGGAGUACGACAAACUGGCCAAUGAGAAGACAGAGAUGCAGCGUCAUUAUGUCAUGUACUAUGAAAUGUCCUACGGGCUCAACAUUGAGAUGCACAAACAGACUGAGAUUGCCAAACGCCUGAAUGCAAUUCUGGCACAGAUCAUGCCAUUUUUGUCACAAGAGCAUCAACAGCAGGUGGCUCAAGCUGUUGAGCGGGCCAAGCAGGUGACCAUGACUGAGCUGAAUGCUAUCAUCGGGGUACGUGGACUUCCCAAUCUGCCUCUGACUCAGCAACAGCUUCAGGCUCAGCACCUGUCCCACGCUGCCCACGGUCCCCCGGUCCAGCUGCCUCCUCAUCCCUCAGGCCUGCAGCCGCCUGGCCUCCCCCCGGUGACAGGCGCCGGCUCGGGCCUGCUUGCUCUGGGGGCUCUCGGCAGCCAGGCUCACUUGCCUGUUAAAGAUGAGAAGAACCACCACGACCUGGAGCACAGAGGUCCCUCAUCCUUUCACUCGCCUCUGGUUAUCCCUCUAAAAGAACGCGAGACCAGCACGAAUAACUCGGUGUCGCCGUCAGACAGCCUGCGGGCAGCGAGCGAGAAGCACCGCAGCUCUUCAGACUACGGCCUGGACUCCAAGAAACGCAAAGUGGACGAUAAGGACAGCAUGAGCAGAUAUGACAGCGACGGAGACAAGAGCGAUGACUUGGUGGUGGAUGUUUCUAACGAGGAUCCAGCAACCCCUCGGGUGAGCCCCGCUCACUCGCCCCCAGAAAACGGCCUGGAUAAGUCACGAGUGCUGAAGAAAGACGCUGCCCCCAACAGCCCCGCCUCUGUCGCCUCCUCUGGCAGCACACCGUCCUCCAAGGCUAAAGACCACGCCCAUAAUGAGAAAUCGUCCACACCGAGCCUGAAAUCGAACACGCCUACACCGAGGAACGAGGUUCCCACACCAGGGACCAGCACCACUCCAGGACUGCGCCCCCUAACCAUGGGAAAACCCCCUGGCAUGGAAGCAUUAACUGCCCCUGCAUUGCGAACCCCUCUGUCUUACGCCAGUCCCUUUGCCAUGAUGGGUCCUCAUGAGAUGAACGGGUCCCUGACCAGCCCCGGAGUCUACCCGGGUCUCAUUUCUCCUCAGAUGAGCGCUGCUGCCGCCGCUGCAUACGGACGCUCUCCAAUUGCGGGAUUUGACCCCCAUCCCCACAUGAGAGCCCCCGGUCUGCCCGCAGGCCUCACCUCUAUUUCUGGUGGAAAACCAGCUUAUUCCUUUCACGUCAGCGCGGAUGGUCAGAUGCAGCCCGUGCCCUUCCCCCCAGACGCCCUGAUAGGGCCAGGCAUCCCGCGCCACGCUCGCCAGAUCAACACUCUGAGCCACGGGGAAGUAGUGUGUGCCGUCACCAUCAGUAAUCCCACCCGUCAUGUCUACACCGGCGGCAAAGGUUGUGUCAAGAUUUGGGACAUCAGCCAACCAGGCAGCAAGAGUCCGGUGUCCCAGCUUGACUGCUUGAAUCGAGACAAUUACAUCCGCUCCUGCAAGCUGUUGCCUGAUGGCCGCACCCUGAUUGUCGGUGGCGAGGCCAGCACUCUGACCAUCUGGGACCUGGCCUCGCAGACGCCACGCAUAAAGGCCGAGCUCACGUCCUCUGCUCCUGCCUGCUACGCUCUGGCCAUCAGCCCUGACGCCAAGGUCUGCUUCUCCUGCUGCUCUGAUGGAAACAUCGCCGUGUGGGACCUCCAUAACCAGACACUUGUUAGGCAGUUUCAGGGCCACACAGAUGGAGCCAGCUGCAUCGACAUUUCUCAUGACGGAACCAAGCUGUGGACCGGAGGGCUGGACAACACGGUCCGGUCCUGGGAUCUGAGGGAGGGCCGGCAGCUCCAGCAACACGACUUUACCUCACAGAUCUUCUCACUAGGCUACUGUCCCACUGGGGAGUGGCUGGCCGUGGGCAUGGAGAGCAGCAAUGUGGAGGUGCUUCACCACACCAAGCCUGACAAAUAUCAGCUGCAUCUGCAUGAAAGCUGCGUCCUCUCACUCAAGUUUGCGUACUGUGGUAAAUGGUUUGUGAGCACAGGGAAGGACAACCUGCUGAACGCUUGGAGGACUCCUUAUGGCGCCAGCAUAUUUCAGUCAAAGGAGUCAUCCUCUGUCCUGAGCUGCGACAUCUCAGCAGACGACAAAUACAUCGUAACAGGAUCUGGGGACAAGAAGGCCACCGUCUACGAGGUCAUCUACUAGCCCCACGAGGUCAUCGCUCUGCUUUGGCACUUCUACUGAGGCGAUUUUUACUUUUCUUACUGACCAAACCAGGAAGUCAAUGGAUUGAGAGAAACUGCUUAAAUCAUUUCUUGGUGGAAUUUAUGGGUGUCGCUGACCCGAAGAAGCUUUUACUGGAACAAAGUCAAUUUUUUUCUAUUCCCUUUCUUCUUGGGUUGCACUUUUUUUCAAAGUUCUUCAAUGCCUUUUUUUUUUUUUUUGUCCUUCCUCUUUGAGAUUAUCUGGAGAUUAUCUGGUAAAGCAGAGCUUCAUCGGAAAAGUUCAUUCCUCAGACGUUCUUUGCAAAAAUGUACAUACGGGAUUACAGAAAAGACAUUUUAUACAUAUUAUAUAAAAUAUAUAUAUAUAUAUAUUUUCAUGUCCUGGCUGUACUUGUGAUGCUAGUUUUGGUCCACUCUCUUCCAUGACCAUGGUAUUGUAGUGCAAGACCAAAACGUAGACUAGAACUGUCAACUCUUUUACCUAAACCAUCUUCUUGAAGCACAAUCUGCAGGCUGAGGAGCAGGAAUCUUGUACAUUUGAAGGCGGUUUGAAAAUGGCCUUUUGUCACACUGCUCUUACCGGACUAUGAAAAUGUGGUUUAGCUUGUAACACGGAGCUCUCCGACUCUGGCGAUGCCUCAGAUGGACUGGAGCCCCGUGGAAUCAAAUAAAAACAGAGCGAUUCAGAAAAAGAGAUGGGUGUAAAUUUACUUAUUGAGUAUACAUAUAUAUAAAUAUAUAUGAAUCUUACAAGUUUACCAAGUUUUUUGGACUAGCUGUGCUUUCCCUCUCCCUGUUUGAUUGACUGUGUUUGAUUGUGGGAGAUGGGAGGGGGUCAAAGCUUCGACGAAACGUUGGACCUCAGCCGCAGCAGCGGCAGAAGCAUCGGUGACCGAUCGCUGCUAACAUGACGCAACACGGAUGUGGCUCUUAUUGAUUUCUAGCUGGACUGCACGGGAAGCCCUGUGCCCUCCGUGUCUCGUCAACAUUCCUGGAAUAUGUUUGGCCGUGACGCAGACGAAAGGGCACACUCACACAUCCAUGUGCUCUUUAGCAGAAAUGCUCGUUGCCCGUGAACGCUGGUGAGGACAGAGGCCGGCACGUGCGCUCAAAUGUAAACAGAACGAUUCUGGAUUGUACACUGUGCUCCUGAUCCUGUCGGCAUUUACCACACAGAGACGUAAAAAGAAAAAAGGGCAAAACGCACCUCUGAAUCACACCAAAGUAUGUAGCAAAUGCUGUAAGCACUGAAAAAUGUACAGUUGUUAAUAAAUCAAUAAAACCUUUUUCUAGAAUGGC